AUGGUCCUCGAAAAGCUCCUUCCUCUGCAUCACAACAGUCAAGACGCCGAAUACGUGAUUCGUCCUCUGUCCGAAAUGCCCACUCCCCGUCAAGUCUACGUUGCCGUCAUUGGUAUGCUACUCCCAGAAUCUGCCCCUCCACCCCCGCCUACACUCCUAACAAUGCCCAANGGUGUCGGCGGUGUUGGAAAAUGCUUCCUGAACCAGUUCCAGGCCCUGAGGACCCGCAUGUCCCAGGCACGCUCCCCCACCUAUCUUGACCUCAUCUUCGUCUCGCGCUCCAAGAAGGUUCUCUUCAGUGAGAGCUUCCGCCCCUUGAACCUCGACACUCUCGAACAAGACCUCAAUGACUCCAAGCAACCCAUCCUCGAAGCCUCUGCUCUCGUCGAGUACCUCGCAACCGCUCCCGAGAAGGUCAUUCUCGUCGACAACACCAGCUCUCUCGACAUCGCACAACAAUACCCUACCUUCCUGCGCAAGGGCAUCAGCAUCGUCACCCCCAACAAAAAGGGCUUCUCCGACAACUACGACCUCUGGGAGGACAUGUUCGCUGCUGCCUCCAACGGCUCUGGCAACGGUGGCUACCUCUUCCACGAGAGUACCGUCGGUGCUGGUCUGCCCGUCCUGUCCACCCUGAAAGAGCUUGUCGAGACUGGUGAUGAGGUUACAAAGAUCGAGGGUGUCUUCUCCGGUACCAUGAGCUUCUUGUUCAACAGCUUCAUGCCCGUCGGUGGCGGCGGUGGCUCUUUCGCUGCCGAGGUCAAGAAGGCAAAGGAUCUGGGUUACACCGAGCCCGACCCGAGAGACGACUUGAACGGUUUGGAUGUUGCCCGCAAGUUGACCAUCCUCGCUCGUCUUACUGGUCUCAAGGUCCAGAACCCCACCAGCUUCCCCGUCCAGAGCUUGAUCCCCAAGGAGCUGGAGUCGUGCAGCAGUGGUGACGAGUUCAUGUCUCGCCUUCCCGAGUUCGACGACCAGAUGGAGAAGCUCAAGCAAGAAGCCGCCAACGAGGCCAAGGUUGUCCGUUUCGUUGGUAGCAUCGACGUUGCCAGCCAGAGCGUCAAGGUCGGUCUCGAAAAGUUCGACGCAAGCCACCCCAUUGCCGCCCUCAAAGGUAGCGACAACAUCAUCAACUUUUACACAAAGAGAUACGGUUCCAAUCCUCUCAUCAUCCAAGGCGCGGGCGCUGGUGGUGAGGUCACUGCUAUGGGUGUUACUGGCGACCUUCUCAAGGUCCUCCGUCUUCUCAACUGA